AUGAAGUUCCUCGCCCUGCUCGCCACGGCGCUCGUCGCCGCGUCGUCUGCCAGCGCCGAGCUGUCGGAGCGUGACCUGCCGGCCCUGUCGCGCCACCCGCUCUCGAUGGAGCGCCGCAACGCCAUCGUCGAAGAGUACCACCGCCAGAACGCGUCGUCGGGCACGCUCGACAAGCGCCACGGCAAGGCGCACAAGCGCAAGUGCCGCGCCAAGACCAAGCACGCCGCCAAGGCCACCCACGCCACCAAGCACAAGGCGCACAAGGACGCCAAGUCCAACAACGAGUGGUCCCAGCAGCAGCAGCAGCAGCAGUCGCAGAGCGAGCAGCAGCAGCAGCAGCAGCAGCAGAGCGAGUCGCACUCGUCCAAGGACUCGUCGUCGUCGCAGCAGGCCUCUUCUUCUGCCGGUUCAGGAAAGAAGGCCGCCGAGGGCGGCAAGGCCAACGUCGCCACCUCGUCCGAGUCCAAGCACCAGGAGUCGUCCCAGUCCGAGUCCGAGAGCCACAGCGAGUCGUCGUCGUCGUCGUCUUCGUCUUCCUCGUCGUCGUCGUCGUCGUCCAGCAGCUCUUCUGGCAAGGGCCUGUUUGGCAUGACCGGCACCUGUGGCUCCAGCGGCGCCAGCGACAAGUACCCCAACGGUUCUCAGGACUGGCUCAACUGCGGCAUCGAUGCCGGCGGCUGGAAGCCCCCGCACGUCACCCUUGACCAGCUCAAGGUCAUCGACGCCGACCAGGCUGUCAACAGUGAGACCUUCGCGCCGUGCAAGCCCAUUGUUUGGGCCUUCAAGCAGGCCGGCAAGGCGCACAACAUCCCGGCCACCAUCCUCAUGUCGUUCGCUAUGCAGGAGUCGACCUGCAACCCGUCGGUCACUGGUGGCAAUGGCGAGCAGGGCCUGAUGCAGAUCACCCCCGACAAGUGCGGCGGCGCUCCCGGCGGCAACUGCAAGGAUGUCGCGUUCAACGUCAACGCCGGCGCCAAGUACUUCCGGGACCGCAUCGACAGCUGCGGUGGCAACGUCCUCCAGGCCAUCGGAGAGUACAACGGAUGGCAGCCCGGCCUCACCGUGGCCAAGGCCACUGCCGCCCGCUGGCAAGGAAACUGCCACGCACAGAACAACCUCGACUAUCUGUUUAGCCUCUUGAACGGAUUUGCGCUUGGCAAGGACGGUUACAGCAUGGGCAAGUACCAGAACCUUGCCGCCUGCAAGUAG